AUCAUUCCUAUGUAACACACUGUGCCCCAAUCAUGUGCCAGUUUUCCCUAACAUCUGCCUCUCCCAUACUCUUCUCCCUCGCCUUUGAGCAUUUCACUCGUGCCCCAGCAUUCCUUGCUCUCACACCUCCAUCGAUCAGCAAGUGAAAGGAUUAGGCAGCCCUGCCAUGGGAAGUGGGCACAGGGCAGGGGGCAGUGCCAGGCACAGAUUGAGGAACCAAGUGACGUAUACAUAGCAAACAGAGCAAGUGUACAUACAUAGCAUACGGAGAAAGACAGAGAGGGAGGGAGUUGCAUGAAAGAGAUGAAGGAACAGACAGAACAGGAGAGGCAGAAAAACAGCAGAGGUAUAUAUCUGUAAAGACAGACAACUGAGAGUGAGAGAAAAAAGGAGAGGGGGGUGUAAACAGAGAGAGAGAAACUGUUGAGAGAAACUCAUAGGAUAAAGAUCUAGAAAUAUAGAGGGAGGGGUGAGACAAGAGGGAGUGGGAAGCAGCAUGGGAAUCUUAGUGUGAUAGAGAAGAACUAAUAUAUCGACAGUGUACAUGUGAGGCUGUAGCAGAGAUCUGUUACUGAGGAGCUGUUCUGUAGGAUUUGUCAGACAGCUGAGGAUUCAUGACCUGAUAGGCAUUUGGACCUGCUGUGUGAUGGGGUGCCUCUGUUCACAAGAAAAGGGACCAAGACUCCAACGAUUGGCAGGGAGGGAAUCCCUGGCAUGAUUUCUUCCUUGCAGAGAGAUGGCUGUGCUAUGGUGGGUGCUGCUUUUGUGCCAUCAUGCCCAGCAUUUUCUCCAUGCCAAUGAGGAUUUUCAGAGCCCAUCUUGGAGCAGUGCCAUUAAAGAAUGGACUCCAACUCCAACCCCACCUCAGACUCCAACAUCUGCAUAUCCCUUGCCUACUCCUUCAGUUCCAUUAUCUUUUACUUAUUUUCCAGACUCUUCUCCCACAUAUCCAAUUCCUACUCCAAUUCCAUCUACACCCUCUCCUACAUCUCAAACUCAUACAACUCCAUCUGUACCCUCUACAUCGGACUUGGACCAGCCUGAUGAAGAUGGGAAGAAGGCAGCUCUAAACUUCCUACACUCAGGGGACAUUCUGUCUUUAUCUGAAGCCAACUGCUCAAGAAGGUUUGAGCUAACAGACCUGCAGGGAUCCCCACCUGAGUCAAUUCUCCAUCAAAUGAGACGGCCACUAGAUUACUUGCUGCAUGCUACCAACUUCCUUAACAUGAUAUUCCAGGCAAGUGAUAUGCGAGAAUCCAGCAUAAGAGAAGAUAUGGAAUGGUAUCAUGCUUUGGUUCGAAGUCUGGCUGGGGGGGAUCCACAUAUACACCGGGCAAUGCUCUCCUUCACUGCACACCCCAUGUCCUCCAAGCCCCAGCUGCUUCUUCAGGCCACCAAGGAAGGACAUGAAAUUUUGCUUCAGGACCUGUCUUCAUCACUUUACAGUGUAAGACACAGAAUAGACCGUGGUUCCUGGAACAACUUCCAAACCUACCCCUCUCUUACCAAAGCAAUUCUACUGAAUGACCUCCAGAGUCUGGAAACUCCCAAGUGGAGCCGGGGAGACAGCUACAUUGUGGACCCAAAACAUGUUCAGUGGUCUAAGCCCUUUCUGGAGUGUGAGGGGAGUCGAUUUGUACAAGGAUGGAUGAUCUCAGUGUCCACAGCAUUUUAUGGACUGAAGCCUGAUUUGAGUCCAGAGUUUAAGGGAACCUUACACCUGGAUGUGCGAUUGGCGAGUCUGGGGAUAGACCAAUGCUCCCAAGACCCUGUCUGGUUUGCAAAUACUCACAGCUGUGAUGAGAACAGUACACAGUGCUUGUUGGAUGAAAGAGAAGGUUCCACCUUGAACAGGUACCGAUGUGUGUGCAGGCCUGGCUAUUACUGGACACAGCUCGAGGGCCUAGACAAUUCUUACCCUGGAGUUACUGCCUGUAUGCGCUGUAGCAAGGGCUGUGAUACUUGCGUGGAUGACUCUCCUUGUCUGGUGGAAGAAGACAGGGCUCUCCGUGUUACUGUAUUGUCCUUGCAAGCUACUGCUAUGAUGGGAGUCUUCUUGAGUAUGCUGGUGUCCUAUAACUUCCGAGAGAGCAAAAGGAUUCGAGCCUCAGGUCUUCUCCUCCUGGAGACAAUACUCUUCGGGUCACUGCUGCUUUACUUUCCAGUAUUUAUCGUAUAUUUCAAACCAGGUGUGUUCCGUUGCGUGGCUCUUCGGUGGGUCCGUCUACUUGGGUUCUGCACGGUAUAUGGGACCAUUGUGCUUAAACUAUACAGGGUGAUGAAAAUUUUCCUUUCGAGGACUGCUCAGCGUGUGCCCUACAUGACAAGUGUGCGUUUAUUGCGUAUGUUAUGUGUAAUCUUGGUGGUCUGCAUCUGGUUCCUUGUGGGAUGGACCGUGGGGACAUUAGAGAACCUACAGAGAGGUGUUCAAGUGGUUAUCCGCACACAAACACAGGAAGGGCUGAUUUUUUAUACAUGCGAUUAUGACCGUUGGGACUACAUGAUGUCUCUGGCCGAGUUGCUCUUUCUGUGCUGGGGCAGUUACCUAUGUUAUGGAGCUCGUACAGUGCCCUCUGCUUUCCAUGAGCCACGUUAUAUGGGAGUAGCGAUACACAAUGAGAUGCUGAUAUCAACUGCAUUCCACAUUAUAAGGUUUGUUAUGGUCCCAUCUCUUCAUCCCGAUUGGACGCUGCUUCUGUUCUGCAUUCAUGCGCAUGGAACAGUCACAAUGACACUCAUCUUGCUGUUUGUGCCCAAGUUCUUGCAUGCAGGAGGUCCUCCAAGAGAAGAGAUAGCAGCUGAGGUAUAUGAAGAUGAACUGGACUUGAGACGUUCUCGAUCCAAUCUAAAUAGCAGUAUCACAUCAGCUUGGAGUGAGCACAGCUUGGACCCCGAUGACAUCAGGGAUGAGCUGAAGAAGCUUUAUGCCCAAUUGGAAGUUCACAAAACCAAAAAAAUGACCUUAAACAAUCCUCACCUGCAAAAGAAACGUAGUUCUCGCCGUGGUCUUGGCCGUUCCAUUAUUCGGCGCAUCACAGAAAUCCCCGAUUCUGUGACAAAGCAAUGUGGACGUGAGGAACGGGAAGGAUCACCUGGCUCCAUCGGUGGGCAAAGGAGAAGACAACAGGACAGUAGUAGUGUUAAACUACGUGAGGAGUCUCUGAGGCAGAGGGUUCUUUCCUUAAGAAAAUCACAUAGUACAUAUGACCAUAUGCAAGAAACUAAGGAUACUGGUUCCACAUCUCCACGAUUGGAGAGCUCAGCAAGGGACGCCUCCUUACGAGACUCCUUAAUGAGACGGAAUCUUGCCAGGAAUGUAUCUCUGCGUUCACGUGGAGAUUCUCUUCGUCAGGCCCCUUUGGUCUGUAAAUCUCUUAGUGCCCAUAAUCUGUUAUCUGACAAGAAGCCAUUGAGUUUGCAUCCAGGUACUCUACAGAAAUCCCAUAGCAUGAUGGGAAGUGCUAGAGGGAAGGGACCGCUAACAGACUUCCCGACAGAACGAACCAUGGAAGGAAGCCGAAACCCUUUAUUAGGUGGCAGCUUUGACAAAGCAGAAGUGUGCCCCUGGGAGGUGCAAGAGCUCCCACUACCAUCUGAAAAUCGGUCUCAGAAACAUGUCACCUAUGCACCAGGGAAAAGCAGCAGUCUAGACAGCUCCCAUGAAUCAGGAAAGCCACAUGUUUCACGAGUAAAGAAGGGCGAAGUUGGAGGCAAGCAUCACAGUUUAGGUAGUAGUGAAGAACCCAGGAGUCCAGAGGAGCAACAUCAGCAAUGUGGACAACCAAAGAAUGAAAAUGAGGGCUCUUCACUCACAAUUAGGCCAGGGACUGCAAAAAGUAUUGAGGGUAUGUUAACCAAAGAAUUAGGCUCAGAGCCUAUAGUUGCAGUUGUGAAGAAACCAGAGACAUUAGAAUGCACAAGACCACUAAACAAGAGUACACUAAAAAGUCUGGUUCUUGCAGUCAGAGCAUUUAAAGGAACCACUGUGGGAAAAGAGCACAAAGAAAGGAUGAGGCAGUCUGUGGAGGAAACAGUGGAUGCCAAAAAACAGCUCCUUGAAGAGGUUUGUCCUUGGGAGACAGAAUCUAAUUCUAAGUUGGACAACAAGGUAAAGCUUCCAGCCUUGAACUUGGCGGACAAUAAGGAACCAUUUUGCUCCUCCCCACAGUUAGAGACAUACAUACACAACAAUAAGGAACAGGAGGAGAAACAGUCUACACCCAAAACUGCCAAACAUACUUCAGUCAGCAGGUUAGAAAGAAUGAGCCAGCUAAAAGAGACAGUCUGCCCCUGGGAAAGUAUGGAGGGGCCUAGAGGUGUCCCACACAAAUCAAAUAGUGUGGAGAGUAGAAGAAGUGAAAUAUGCCCAUGGGAGAGCAUAGACAGUGAAGGCCCAGGAGGUCCUCUCAGUCAGUCUGGGAGCAAUCUUUCCUUCCACAGUCCUCCUGCAGAAGAUAAAAAAGUACAUAAUGAUAAUGUAUGGGUGGGUGAAGACAAAAGCAUCCGAUUAGAGAUCUGUCCCUGGGAAGAAAAAGAUGUAGGGCAAUCAAAAAGUGAAAUUUGUCCAUGGGAAACAGGUCGAGUAGAAGAAGCGGAAACAGGAUUUAGUGGGCGCAAUCUGGCAAUGAAGCUUGAAGUACUGGGUAGGCAAAGAGAUGCAGUGUGUCCUUGGGAGAGUGAGGAGUCUGGAGGCUCUCCUGGUGCACUCAGCCAGUCACAGAGCAAGACAUUUGAUGGGUGUCCAGUUCAGUCUAAAACCUCUGAUAGCUUGGAUUUGGAAGUCCGAAAGGAAGAGAUAUGCCCUUGGGAAAGCCUAGAUUCUGAAGGGACUCCUGCAACCAUGAGUCAGUCCCAAAGCCACAGCUGGGAACCUCCUUCCAAGGGGCAAGAAGAAACUGCUACCUGGGAGCGAUCCCAGACCAGCAAGCCAUCUAAGUGUCACUUGCACAAGUCACAAAGCAAGCAAGAUUCCUUGUGUAGCUGGUCAAGUGAAGAGUUUCGACCACUAACCAAAGUCUUGAGCAAGAGUGAAGGUCAUAUUGGUGAUCUAUUUACAUCAGGAACUACUACAAAGUAUUAUAGGCGUUGCCAUUACUCUCUAGUGGAAAGAACCAAGAGAUAUUGUGAUGAGCAGGACAGAAGUGUGAAACACACACUGGGUUCAAACAAUGUAGAUACUACAGGGGUUAAAAACUCAAGCAAACUGUCCGAGAUCUGUCCCUGGGAAGUGCAGGAUGAGCCUCUAGAAGGCAGUGACAACCAGGUUCCAACCAGCAGCGCUGAGGUGUGUCCAUGGGAUUUUCAGUAAUAUUAAACAAUAGGGGACCCACAUCAACUCAAGAAUAAACACUGCGGAAGAUUGUGGAUGUGGAGAUUACAAUUCGAAAUAUGUUUUUUUUUGGAGUGGGAGGUGUACUGAAAAUGAGAAUGAGUAAGAUGCUUAUGACAGGUUUUGUUGUUCAAAAUUGUAUAUGGAGGUGGAAUGGAUACUAUUACUAUUAACUUUCCUGAUUUCAAGACACAUUUACAUGAUCAGCAAAUUAACUUUGUUCUAUACAGAUAAAAACAAAGUUGUGUGAUAAAAACUAUCCUUUGUCUGUGCCCAGUUCUGAAAAAUAAACACUCCUUUUCUUUG